AAGAGUUCUCAGCCUCGAUGACCCUGCCACCAUGCUGCUGGAUGGGAUCCAAUUCCACUGCAUUGGCGACACUGCAAGGCUCCCGCGCACCCUCCAGGACAAGAUCUCGGAAGCGCAAUGCAUCACCAGCGGCAACACGGGGAUGAAAUUCGUCAUGGCGAUUGGCUAUGGCGGGCACAGUGAUCUGGUCCAGGCGUGCAAGGCGCUGGCACGCGAGGUGCAGCAGGGGAAACUGGCUGUGCAGGACAUCGAUCAGAUCAACCUGUCAAGGAGAUUGAUGCUAGGCGAGCGGUGCGAGGAUGUUGGCGCGCCGGAGCUGCUCGUUCGCACCAGCGGCGAGCAGCGGCUGAGCAAUUUCAUGCUGUGGCAUCUCGCCUACUCAGAGCUCGUGUUUGAGAAGAAGCUCUGGCCGGAUUUUGGAGAGGAGGAGUACAAGAAUGCCCUGGUGGCGUUCCAAGGGCGCAAGAGAACGUUGGGAGUGAGGCACUCUUGACAAACACAAAAGGUCAAAAUGCAUAUUGUGACUAUCAUCAAUUAUGUAGAAAA